AUGACGAAGACCAAGCCAGCACUCGACGAUUACAAGCAGAGCUUUCGAGAGUACUUGCGUGAGACAAAUGUAGUGAAGAAUGACGUGGAGCUAGAAGAAUUGAUGAAGAUGCUACAUGAGCCUCUGCCUGUGUCUUUCCGCUUAAAUCUGCAUCGUCCCGACGCUUUAAGACUUCAGACUUUAUUAGCCACGAAAUUUCAAUUUCCUAGCGAUAAAUAUUUUCAUGAAAAUUCUUCGAUAAAUCCGCCCAAACCAAUUACAUGGUACCCACAGGAAAAUGUUGCGUGGGAAAUGAUGUGUGGUCGUGUGGCACUUUCAAAAAGCGCACCAAAGUACGAUGAUAUUCGCAUAUUUCAUUCGUGGUUACUCGAACAAACAGAUUGUGGUCAUAUUGUUCGUCAAGAAGCUGUAAGUAUGUUACCAGUAUUGUUUCUAAAUGUACAACCUGGGCAUCGUGUCCUUGAUAUGUGUGCAUCACCUGGUUCGAAAACGACCCAAAUACUUGACUUUUUACUCUCAACAAGUAACGAUCAAGAGAAUGGAUUAGUCAUUGCCAAUGAUCUUGACAAGAAACGUGCAUAUAUGUUAGUUCAUCGUCUAUCAUGCAAUACAUUACGUCGUGUAGUAGUAACAUGUGGAGCUGGUGAUACCUUUCCGGGUUUAUAUGAUACCAAGACAAAGACAUUGGAAUGUACGAAUGUAUUUGAUCGUGUUCUAUGUGAUGUACCAUGUAGUGGGGAUGGUACACUUCGUAAGAAUCAAAUAUUAUGGAAAGAAUGGCACAUUGGUCAAGGUUUAACCUUACAUCCAAUACAAAUAGCAAUAGCAUUACGAGGUGCUGCAUUAGUGAAAGUUGGUGGUACACUUGUCUAUUCAACUUGUUCAUUCAAUCCAAUUGAAAAUGAAGCAGUUGUGGCUGAAAUUUUACGUCGAGCAGAUGGAGCUUUGGAACUAUUGGAUGUUUCAAUGAUUAUACCGGAGCUAGUUGUUCGUCCUGGUCGAUUAAAAUGGCGUGUGGGCUGGAGAUCGAAGUCCAAGUCAACGCACAAAGGUCAGAUGUUAUAUCAAGAGAAUAACAAGGUACAUCAAUGGUUUGAUACUUACGAAGAAGUACCUUCAGAUCUGCGGGGUACACGGAUUACACGUUCGAUGUUUCCAAAUGAGGGUACAAUUACAAAGCAACUAGUGAAAACACUUCGUCUGAUUCCAAUGGAUCAAAAUUCGGGUGGGUUUUUUGUUGCUGUAUUGCAUAAAGUGGGUGAUUUACCGAAUAAAACCGGGUUUCAAGAAGGUCUUGACCCGUUUCAAGAAGAUCAAUUAUUACCACCUGUUGCUUAUAUUUGCAAACUCUGUGGCAAAAGUGGUCAUUUUUUGAAAAAUUGUGAAAACUAUAAACCAGACGUGGAAUUUUCUAUGUGUAAUACAUUGAUACAUUCAAAGAAAAAACGUUGCAUUGAAACUCAAAAAAAAAAUAUUACGAAGAAAAAGAAGCGAGAGACGUUGUAUCGUAAUAUUUGCGACGAAAUUUGGAAUCAGUUGCGUGAUUUUUACGGUCUUCAAGACGCAACAUUAAAGAAUAAUCUCUGGUGUCGUUCCGAUGCUGCAACGACAGUCUUUUUUGUUGACACGGACAUUUCUAACGCGUGUUUAAGUGGCGAUGCUCUUGAGAUUGUCAAUACUGGUCUUAAAGUUUUUACAAAAGUGACGGAACAUAAGCAAAUUUUCUAUCGUCCGUCCGAAGAAAGUCUCGGAUUUUUGGACAAUUAUUUUACUCAACGAUGUCUCAAUAUUUCUAUAGUGGAAUGUUUGAAUUUAAUUGAACAUGCACAAGAUCACGUGGAUUUUUCAAAAUUAUCAAUGGAUGUACAAAACGUACUGAGUACAAUUUCUAUAGGUCCAGCAGUUGUACGAGUACAAGCACACGAGCAUAUUCGUAUGAAUGUUUGGGUUGGUCAAAGUGCAUUAUUACCACGAGUAUCCAAGACAAAGCGUCAAGAGAUUGAAACUGCAUUGAAAGAGUUUACAAAGUAG